GCAGUAAUCUGAACUGAAUGUCCACCCAGUCAGUUAGUUACCGCUAAGUUCAGGCCGGCCCCGAUACGAUGGUCGUCGGCGGGAACCCGCCCGCGGCAGAUCGCAGAAACUAGGGCGAGCGUGCGACGGCGUCGGGUACCGUCUCGACCGCGCGCCUCCUUUCGCCCCCGGCAUGAUGGCGGCGGCACCGCAGCCCGAGCAGCCGGACCUGGGCGGACUGGUGGACGCGCUCUGCGCGUCCGGCCGCUCCGCCGAGGCGCACCACCGCGUCGCGCUCCUCCUCUCCUCCGCAUCCGCGUCGCGCCGCCUCGACGCGCCCACCGCCAACGGCCUCCUCGCCCGCCUCCUCCGCGCGCGCACGCCCCUCCUCACGCUCCGCCUCGUCCAGGCCGCCCCGUUUGUGCCCUCCCUCCCCAACUACAACCGCCUCCUCGCCCUGCUCUCCUCCGCCGCCGCGCCCAUGUUCCUUCUCCUCGCCCACCGCCUCCUCCUCCGCAUGCGCGUGCCUCCGAGCGCCGUCUCCUAUGCCGCGCUGCUGGACGGCUACGCGUGCGCCGCUGACCCUCGCGCAGCCCAGAAGCUGCUCGACGAAAUGCCCCGGUGGGGGCUCGCCCCCAGCUCCCUCGCGCGCACCUUCCUCGUCAAGGCCUUCCUCCGCAGCCGCGACGUCGGCGCGGCCAUGGACCUCGUCGACAACCAGCUCUGGCCCAGCAUGGAGCGCUGCCACGACGAGGACCAGGGGCUCAAGAACGCGGCGUUUGCCAACCUUGUGCAGUGCCUGUGCGGCGAGGGGUUCUUCCACAUUGUCUUCGGCGUCGCCGAGGAGAUGCCGCAGCGGCGCUGCCUCGUCCCAGACGAGUUUGCCUAUGCCCAGAUGAUCGACUCGCUCUGCCGGGCUGGACAGCACCAUGGCGCCUCCAGAAUAGUGUACAUCAUGGGGAAGAGGGGCCUGUGCCCAAGCACCCUGUCCUACAACUGCAUUGUUCACGGGCUAUGCACCAGCCAGAAGCCCGGGGGACGCUUGAGGGCGUACCAGCUGGUGAUGGAAGGUAUGCGUUCCGGGUACCGACCGAGAGAGGUAACAUACAAGGUACUCGUCGAAGAGCUCUGCCGGGAGAAAGAGCUUGCCAAGGCCAAGGAUGUCCUGGAGCUGAUGCUGCAGCCUCAAUGUGGGCAUGAGAAACCUGAUGAGGAGACCAGGACUAGGCUAUACAAUAUGUUCCUUGGGGCACUGCGUGCUGUGGACAACCCAAGCGAGCAGCUCAGUGUGCUUGUGUCCAUGUUGCAGGGGGACUGCAAACCAGAUGUCAUCACUAUGAACACUGUCAUUCAUGGCUUCUGCAAAGUUGGGCGUACCCAGGAGGCUAGAAAGAUUUUGGACGACAUGAUUAAUGGGAAAUUCUGUGCUCCUGAUGUUGUCACCUUCACCACACUCAUUUCUGGAUACCUGGAUGUAGGCGAGCAUGCAGAAGCCCUCCAUGUGCUGCACACCUUGAUGCCCAGGCGCCGGUGCGCCCCUAAUGUUGUCACUUACAAUUCUGUCCUCAAGGGAUUGUUCUCCCUUGGGCUAGUUGACAGAGCAAUGCAGGUCAUCGAUGAAAUGAAAUCAAGUAGCAUCAUUGCCGACUCUGUGAGUCACACUGUGGUGAUCAAAGGGUUGUGCGAUGCGGGGCAACUUGAGAAAGCAAAGGCAUUCUGGGACAAUGUGGUCUGGCCAUCAGGGAUACAUGAUGGUUAUGUGUACAGUGCAAUCUUGAGAGGCCUCUGCAAACUGGGGAAACUGGAGCAGGCAUGCGAUUUCCUGUAUGAGUUGGCGGACUCUGGGGUUUGUCCCAGUGUUGUCUGCUACAACAUACUCAUUGACACUGCCUGCAAGCAGGGAUUGAAGAAGUUGGCCUAUCAAUUGGUGAAGGAGUUGAGAAGGUAUGGCCUUUCACCGGAUGCUGUGACUUGGAGGAUUCUUGAGAAAUUGCACCUUUAUGGCAAUGAAGAACAAGAGGAGGAGCACCAGGUCCCCACUUUUCAUGUCGAUCAAAGUUCUGCAGAUGACAAAGUAGAGCCUAUCGUCUCGACAAAAAAUGAGAUGCCUUCAUUGUCAUCGUCAUCAUCGUCAGAACAUUUGGAUGAAGUAUGCAAGAAUAACAACGAAGCUAAGGUUGAAGAAGCUGGAAGGUCACUAGAAAUGACUGAGAACCCAUCAGAUCUUACUGAGCCAGCGAAAGAGCAGAACUAUCUGAUAGACAAUUCAGUGGUUGGACCAACAAUGGACAAGGAUCAUACAAUCAGUGAUGAUGGCUUCAACAAGCAGUAUAAGCAACCUCUAAGAGAACCACUUUCCGAAGUAGCCAGAAGGGUUUUUGGCUUGCUCUAGAACAAGAAAAAGUGUUGCUGGUUAGAAGGGGCACAUACUUUUCAAAAAAAAAAAGAAGGGGCACAUAUUAGAACAUUGUGCAAUGAAGGCUAAUUUUUUAUUGUUAUUUUGCACCUGUCAAUGAAGGCCUAGUUAGUGACAACGGCAAAGCUGGUAACUUGUCCACCUAUUGGAGAAUAAGGCUUGAGCUUGACUGACACAA